AUGAUCUGGAUAUUGUUAGUUGUGGCCGUCGCCACCCAUGUAUCGUGCCACGAGUAUGAAUACAGCGGCACUAUUACACUGAAAAAGGAUGAAUUCUGUAAUUUGAAUAACAUUCACAGAAGGAACUGUGAAGAGAAAUUUCAAACGUUCCUCACUACCCGUCCAGACAUCCAAAAAUGUGAAACGAAUCCCCCUAUCUAUUCAAAUCGCUGCAGCUCGAUUCUGUAUGUGCAAACGAGCCAACCGGCACCAUGUACCGGUAACCGCUGCAAUGACUUUAGCAUACGCCACUCCGAAGCUAUGCCUACGCCCGAACGGCUGCCCGAACCUGCUGACAAAGAUGAUUUUGAGCUGCCGGGAUCCUCAGUGCCGUACGACGCAAGAGUGAUGGAUUUUUCGGUUAAACUGUUCCAGAAAGCUUUCCCAGGUGACGAUUCGACCAACUACAUCAUAAGUCCGAUCAUGGUACAAACGCUGCUGUCUUAUCUGAAUGAUGGAGCUUCCAGCGCUACGCGGCAGGAAAUGGAUUCGGUGCUGCAGCUAAACAUGAACGAUCUGCACGAUAUUGAUCGGGCACUGAAACCACACUCCGAGCAAGGGCACGUAUCGAAGAACAAGCUCGACACAGCCUCGCAGAUAUUCAAAUCAACCACGAUCGAGCUACUGCCCGCAUUCCGGCAGUCGCUGAAACGUAACCAGAUCCCGCUGGACGAAUUGGACUUCACCAACCGAAGGUUUGCUGCCGAAAGCAUCAACAAUUGGGCGAAAGAGAAGACCCGGCAACGCAUUCUCGAGGUGAUCGACGAAAACUCGAUCGAUUCCGACACGAAGCUGCUGUUGAUGAAUGCCCUGUAUUUCAACGGGACAUGGAUGUACAAGUUCAACAAAACCGAACGUGGUUCGUUCGAGCUGAACGGGCGACCACCAAAACGCAUGUCCGUGUCAAUGAUGUACCUCACGAAGGAUCUGCGCAACGGCAACACCAGAACCGACAAUUCCGCCAACGGUAUGACCUGGAUCGAGCUGCCGUACGAUGGCGAUCGGAUGUCGAUGAUUCUUUUCCUGCCCAAUGAACGUUUCCAACUCGAUCGAGAGCUGCGCAAAUUUACGGACGCACAGUUGCAAACCAUUCUGUACGAGAUUGCACAGGACGAACCUAGCAAGGUGCGGGUUCAGCUUCCUGAGUUUAAGGCCGAAAGUACGGUCUCACUGGUGGAACCACUCAAGAAGCUGGGCAUUGUGAGCAUGUUUGGCGAUAGCAAACCGUUCGAUCGGCUAUCGAACGAUGAUGUGAAAAUAUCGGAUGUCAAGCAGAAGUCCUUUUUGACCGUUAACCCGCACGGUACUGUUGCGACCAGCGUUACCACGGCGACUGUUAUUCCGCUCAGCAUCACUCACACGCUCGACUUCAAGGCGGAUCAACCGUUCGCACUGAUCAUCAUGGACAAGCAGAAGAAAUUGCCAUUGUUUUUCGCCAAAAUUAGCCAACCCUUGAAGGUGACGUCGACGAAACGCCACUAA